GCUUCACGAAGGCCACUGUUUCUCUCUGGUUGUAUUUUACUUACUUGUUUUUUUUAUGUUAACGUUAAAGUCGGCCCAUAAAACCGUGGCUGUUUUUUUUCGUUUUGUUUUGUUUGCAUAUACAGCAUUGCUAACAUAACUCGAUCGGGCGGCUAAAAUAGUUUGUUUCGUUGCACACAAAUUAGCAUGUGUUUGUAAACACGCGGGGGUUUGGAGGAAGAGCUGUUACAUGGAUGCAGAAAAGUGAGUCAGGUAUUUUUCUGCCAGUGUAAUUUAACCUUUAACUUUUUGAGUAACAUUAUCUGAAUAACAUAUUAGUGUUAUACACCGAAGGAUGAGUGAUGGAGUCUGAGACAAAAUAAUCAGAAGCCCACAGAACUUCUAAGAUUUAAUUGAACGUAUUGUAAAAUUCAGUCAGCAAGACUGCAACAGCUGUUGGGAGAAGUUUCAAUGAGAUGCUGCAUUUAUUACGUUGUCCUCUGCAGAGGACUUUUUACUCUCUACAAUGGAGGUGCCCACGCUCCUUCUACUCCACCAAGCCUCACUCACUCCAGGGCGAGGACUCCACAGAAACUCGCCUGAACCCCCUUAACAUCCAGAUGUUGUCCAGAAAUCUCCAUGAGCAGAUCUUUCGUGGGGUAGAGCCAGAGUACAGCGAGGAAGCUGUACAGCGCAGCAUAAAGCACUUGCAGAAGCAUAAGCUGUGGGGAAAAGAAGCUUCACUCUUGCCAGAUGUUGAACUUAAACUUCCUCGAAUGUAUGGCAGUAAUAUAGAUGAGCACUUUCGCAUCUUGGCUAAGAAACAGAAUAUUCCCUACCUUGAAGCUGCCGCCAAGCUAAUUCGGGCAGAGCUACCACCCAUGCCUCAGGAAUGGAGCUGGGAGAUUGGCUGGACACGCUACGGAUCCAACGGGGAGAGCCAGAAAGUUGAUUUCCCAGAAGAGUCUGCAUUAGUGUUUGAUGUGGAGGUGUGCAUGAUGGAGGGGCAGUGCCCAACACUGGCUGUUGCUUUGUCUCCUACAAACUGGUACUCCUGGUGCAGUAAGCGUUUAAUUGAGGAGCGAUACACCUGGUCAAAUCAGCUGAGUCUCGCUGACCUGAUUCCACUAGAGACACCUUUCAACUCAGCCCGUCCUCCAGGUGGUCAGUGGAAGGAAAGGCUUAUAGUGGGCCACAAUGUCAGUUUUGACAGGUCUUACAUAAAGGAGCAGUAUCUUCUAAAGGGUUCAAGGGUACGCUUCAUGGAUACCAUGAGCCUCCAUAUGGCCAUCUCAGGGCUGACAGGGUUCCAGCGCACACUGUGGAUGGCCAACAAGCUGGGUAAAAACAAGGGUCUUCAGGAGGUCAAAAAGCACAUCAAGAAAACUGGACAGAAAAGGGAAGGCUCAAUGAUCGGCUCCUGGGACUGGGUGAAUAUUAGUAGCAUUAAUAAUCUGGCUGAUGUCCAUGCUCUGUAUGUGGGAGGCCCGCCACUGGAGAAAGAGGCCAGAGAGAUUUUUGUAAAGGGAAGCAUGAUGGACGUCAGAAACAACUUCCAGGAGUUAAUGGAGUACUGCGCUAAGGAUGUUCAGGCCACACAUCAGGUCUUCACAGAACAGCUUCCCCUCUUCAUGGAGAGGUGCCCUCACCCAGUGACACUUGCAGGGAUGCUGGAGAUGGGCGUGAGCUACCUUCCUGUCAAUCAAAACUGGGGUCGAUACAUAGAAGAUUCUCAAGAUGUUUACGAGGAGCUGCAGAGAGAGAUGAAGAAGUCUUUGAUGACUCUUGCGGAUGAUGCCUGCCAGCUCCUGCAGGAUGACAAGUACAAAGAGGACCCCUGGCUUUGGGAUCUUGAGUGGGAUGUGCAGGAGUUCAAGCAGAAGAAAGUACCAGCUAGCAAAAAGAAACACUCCAAGGAAGGAGCUGAAACACGGAUUACCACCCCUCUUCCUGACUGGGAAGAUGACCCAGGUCCACCUUCUGAGGAGGAGAUGGCUGGCCCUUGUCCCAGGAGGCUGGCGGUUGAAAAACUAAAGGAAACAGUGAGUCGACUUCCAAAGAGAAGGCAGCAUCUACCAGGACAUCCAGGGUGGUAUCGUAAACUGUGUGAGAAGAUGUCUGAGGAGGACAGCUGGUCACCUGGAGCCAGCCUCAUCAGUCUCCAAAUGCGACUGACUCCCAAGCUGAUGGGUCUGACGUGGGAUGGGUUUCCCCUGCAUUAUACAGAGAAACAUGGAUGGGGCUAUCUGGUACCAGGACGUAGGGAUAAUCUAAAUCCACCAGAAGAAAAUGUGGGACCUAUGUGUCCACACAGAGCUAUCGAGCGUAUUUAUAAAGAGUACUGUGAGCAGAACAGCAAAGUGCAGCCUGAGUAUCUGGACGUCAGCCCUUCAGAUGACCUCAUGUGGACUGACAGCACAGUGUGGGCAAAGGUGGAGGAGUUAAGUUCCUUGGAAAGUCUGUCAGAGAAAAAUGGUAUCGAAAUGGUAAAAAAUGAGAAGCAAAAGAAAUCUCAACAAAAACCCCAAGAUCCACACUAUUUGCAAGAGGAGAAAAGCUGCCAUUAUCACCAUGGAAACGGACCCUACAAUGAUGUAAACAUUCCAGGUUGCUGGUUUUUCAAAUUGCCUCAUAAGGAUGGUAAUCACCACAAUGUUGGAAGUCCAUUUUCAAAGGACUUCUUGACUAAGAUGGAGGAUGGCACUCUCAGAGCAGGAAGAGGUGGAACUAAUGCAACACGGGCUCUGGAGAUUAACAAAAUGAUAUCCUUCUGGAGGAAUGCCCACAAACGUAUCAGCUCUCAGAUGGUGCUGUGGCACAGAAAGGGAGAGCUUCCUCGUAGUGUCAGCAGACACAAAGACUUUGAUGAAGAGGGCCUGUAUGGUGCCAUAUUACCUCAGGUCAUCACCGCUGGGACAGUAACUCGAAGGGCUGUGGAGCCAACAUGGCUGACUGCCAGUAAUGCUCGGAGGGAUCGGGUAGGCAGUGAGCUGAAGGCCAUGGUACAGGUACCACCUGGGUAUCACCUGGUGGGAUCAGAUGUAGACUCUCAGGAGUUAUGGAUAGCAGCAGUACUUGGAGAGGCUCACUUCGCCGGCAUGCAUGGUUGUACAGCGUUUGGUUGGAUGACCCUUCAGGGAAAGAAGAGUCAGGGCACAGAUCUGCACAGCCGUACUGCUGAUUCUGUGGGCAUCAGCCGGGAGCAUGCAAAGGUGUUCAACUAUGGACGCAUAUAUGGUGCAGGACAGCCCUUUGCAGAGAGGCUCCUCAUGCAGUUCAACCAUCGACUCAAUCAGACCGAAGCUGCCAGUAAGGCCAGGCAGAUGUAUGCCUUAACAAAGGGUAUACGCAGAUACACUCUGUCAGAGGAGGGUGAGUGGCUGGUCAAUGAACUGGGCAUAGAUGUAGAAAGGGAGGAGAAUGGAAGUCUCUCACUGCAGGAGUUGAGGAAGAUCAAUCAGCAGUGCUCCAGCUCUCGCAGAAGAAAGUGGGAUAUUGUUGGCAAGCGUGUCUGGGCCGGAGGUACAGAGUCAGAUAUGUUCAAUAAGCUGGAGUGUGUAGCUCAUUCAGCCCAGCCAGCCACUCCUGUUCUAGGCUGCAGGAUCAGUAGAGCACUGGAGCCCAAGGCAGUAAAAGAUGAGUUUAUCACCAGCAGAGUGAACUGGGUGGUCCAGAGCUCUGCGGUGGACUACCUCCAUCUGAUGUUGGUGGCCAUGAAAUGGCUCUUUGAGGAGCAUAACAUUGAUGGCCGUUUCUGCAUCAGCAUCCACGAUGAGGUGCGGUACCUCAUUCGCAGUGAAGACCGUUACCGAGCAGCACUGGCCCUUCAAAUCACAAACCUGCUCACAAGGAGUGUGUUUGCGCAGGCACUAGGCAUGCGGGACCUUCCCCAGUCAGUAGCUUUUUUCAGUGCGGUUGAUAUCGACCAGUGCCUGAGGAAGGAGGUCAACAUGGACUGUGUGACUCCCUCCAACCCCACAGGUCUGGAGCAAAGAUACGGCAUUCCACCUGGAGAAGCCUUGGACAUUUACCAAAUCAUCAACAUAACUAAAGGCUCUUUGAACAAAGGAAGAUAGCCGUUUAUGGACCAGACUGCUAUUCAAACACACAACUGCUGGGACACUGUUCAUCCGGUCAACUUAAAGAUGGAAGGAAUUAGGAUGUGUCAAAUGGAGGAACCUUAUUCAGUUCACUUUUUUCUCUUUUUCUUUUUGGGUUCCUGUGUCUCCUCUGUGUCCUGCGACUCUGUGGUCUCCUAAAAAAAAAAAAAAAAAGAACAAGCAGACACUAAGCACACCUAGCAAAAACAGGCUGCUCACACCACUUUGUUGACUUUUCCAGAGUUGAAACCAGGGGGUUUACCAGGAGGGAACAUCUAAAAAAGUAAGCUCAGUCUGGAUUAUUGGUCAGCUUUAUUAACUAAUGUAAAAAGUUAAACUGUAAGAAAAAAACACAGCUAUGGUCCUGUCGAGCUUACACUGACCUCCUGGCUGCAGUCCUGUUCCUGGAGAGCUGCAUCCAGAGUAGCUGCAUUGAUGCGGAAAUCUCUUGAGGUGCUCAGCUUCAUGUACUGCAUCAGAUUUACCUGGAGAGCAUUUGUACAGACAUCAGGAAAGCAAUGUAAUGUUCUGUACAGACAGCAUACAGGGGACUGUAAAUUUUUGCUAAAUACUUUUGAAUUUUUACAGUAUCUGUCAACCAUCUUAUGGAUUUCAGCUAAUACAGACCUUUGAUUUCUUUGAGAGUGCGAUUAGAUACUUCUCAUACUGUUCAAUGCUGAAGAUCAAGUUAGGAAUGGCCUUUGUCUCACGCAGAAGCUUUGCCUGCCAAGACGGAGAAAAGGCCAGGUUUAUAAGAAGCGAUAACCUCGAAUGUGCUUCACACAGAUUUGUUCAAAGUUGACAGUUCUUUAUAUUUUUGCAGCUAAAAUAAAAAAAGGAAAGAUAAAAACUGCA